UCAAAGUAAUUGUGGCGUAUAUUCUCACUUCAAACUCCAUAUCUCCAUAUCCAACAAAACAAGAAAAGUACCCUUGAAUAUUCUUAUUUUGCACCAAAUUAAACAUGAUAAUUCGACGAUAGAUUAAACCCAACUUAAUAGGAUUAAUGAAUUUUGUCACCAAUAAUCCAACUUAUCCUUUGAAAUUUACGAGACAUUAGACAUGGAUAUUCUUAAUAAUUCGAAUCAGCCUAUAGUUAUAAUCGUUCUCUAUCAACUAACACAGGAGUAUUUUUCUUUGUUCAUGUAUAUAUAAAGCCGAAACCUCAAACAACUCGAAAUAAGUUAAAACUUUUUUUGAAUCUCCAACACAUAAAAAGAAAAUGGCUUCCAAUAACCUAUCAGUACUAGAAGCACUCGAUACAGCUCGCACUCAAUGGUACCAUGUCAAAGCCAUUGUCAUCGCCGGAAUGGGUUUCUUCACCGAUGCCUACGAUCUCUUUUGUAUCUCCACCGUCUCCAAGCUCUUGGGUCGUCUUUACUUCUCCGAUGGUAACUCCACAGACCCCGGAAAACUCCCAACAAACAUCAACAACGCCGUCACCGGAGUAGCCCUUAUCGGAACCCUAGCUGGACAACUGGUAUUUGGGUGGCUUGGUGAUAAGCUCGGCCGGAAAAGGGUGUACGGCAUCACCUUGAUUCUUAUGGUGAUUUGUGCCCUCUGCUCCGGUUUAUCUUUUGGCUACAGUCCGAAGGCUGUGAUUGGUACCCUUUGUUUCUUCCGGUUCUGGCUUGGAUUUGGGAUUGGUGGGGAUUACCCUCUCUCCGCCACCAUCAUGUCGGAGUAUGCAAACAAGAACACCCGAGGGUCGUUUAUCGCCGCCGUGUUUGCAAUGCAAGGAGUAGGAAUUAUUUUCGCCGGUCUAGUUUCCAUGAUCGUGUCUCAUCUUUUCUUAACAGCCAACCCUGCACCUCCAUUCCAUGAGGAUCACGUGCUUUCCACACAGAGGAAAGCCGAUUUCGCAUGGAGAAUUGUCCUCAUGCUCGGAGCUCUGCCGGCUCUUUUGACAUACUACUGGCGGAUGAAGAUGCCGGAAACCGGGAGGUAUACCGCCAUUAUCGUGGGAAAUGCGAAGCAAGCCGCAUCAGAUAUGGGUCGGGUCUUGGAUAUUGAAAUCCAAGAGGAGCAAGAGAAAUUGGCUAUGUUUAUGGCAAAUAACGACUACCCUAUCUGGUCAAGAAAGUUCUAUAAGCGGCAUGGACGUCACUUGAUCGGAACAAUGAGCACUUGGUUCUUGUUGGACAUUGCAUUUUACAGUCAAAACUUGAGCCAAAAAGAUAUUUUUCCGGUGAUGGGUUUGACAAAGAAGGCCAAUGACGUCAACGCUCUUGAAGAAAUGUUCUUGACUUCACGUGCUAUGUUCAUAAUCGCCAUGUUUGGUACUUUUCCGGGAUACUGGUUCACGGUGGCGUUCAUUGAGAAAAUAGGCCGGUUCUACAUACAGCUGAUGGGCUUCUUCAUGAUGUCGGUUUUCAUGUUCAUAAUGGGAAUAAAAUACGAUUACCUCGCGACUAAAGAAAACAGAUGGGUGUUCGCCGGUCUCUAUGGGCUGACCUUCUUCUUUGCGAAUUUUGGACCUAAUAGCACAACCUUCGUUUUACCGGCGGAGUUGUUUCCGACCAGGGUGAGGUCAACCUGCCAUGCAAUGAGCGCUGCCGCCGGGAAGGCCGGCGCAAUGGUGAGUGCGUUUGGGAUUCAGACUUACACUUUGAAGGGGGGAAAAUCUAAAAUCAAGAAAGCGAUGAUCAUAUUGGCAGUGACGAAUAUGUUGGGGCUUCUCUGUACUUUUUUGGUGACGGAAACGAAAGGGCGAUCGUUGGAGGAGAUUUCAGGCGAAGAUGGAAGCAAAGAUAAGGCAGAAGAGGAGAUGAGUAAUAGAGGACGUCGUCAAGGUCAGGAGACUUGAGGAUAUAAUUAUAUGUAGCGAUCUUAAGAAGAAAAAUGGCAUGUGAAAUAAGGAUAAAUAAAUAAAAGUAUAGAA